AUGCCUGCCAAACUAUGGCUCACUCUUCUUUUCCUUGGGGUGGUGGUGUUUGCCACAACCACCACAGGUACUCUCUCACCUUCUUCAGGCACUGACUCGUCUUGCCCUUGUAUGACUAAAAACUCUAGUCAUUCACAAAAAUGUCAACGUCAUUUGAAUGAGUUCUCUCCUUUUGAGGAAAACCUACCUGAAAAAGAUCAGUCACCGCUUAAUCCAGGCGACGAACCACGUUUGAAUCCAAAUGAUAAGCCACCUUUCAGAUCAGGUGAUAAACCGUCACCUGAAUAUAAGCCACUUUCCAAUCUAGGUAAUAAAUCACCAUUGAAUCGAGGUGAUUAUUAUCCACCACCACAUGAUGAACCACCACGAUAUCCAGGUGAUAGGCCACCAUUGAAUCCAGGUGACAAUCCACCACCACGACAUCCAGGUGAUAGGCCACCACGCUAUCCAGGUGAUAGGCUACCACCAGAAGAUAAACCGCCACGAUAUCCAGGUGAUAGACCACCACUGUAUCCAGGUGAUAAUCCACCACCACGAUAUCCAGGCGAUAGACCACCACGACAUCCAGGUGAUCAUCCACCACCGGAAGAUAGGCCACCACGCUAUCCAGGUGAUAAUCCACCACCACCAUAUCCAGGCAAUAGGCCACCACGACAUCCAGGUGAUCAUCCACCACCGGAAGAUAGGCCACCACGCUAUCCAGGUGAUAAUCCACCACCACCAUAUCCAGGUGAAGGGCCCUCACCAAAAGAUAACCGACCACGGUAUCCAGGUGAUAGGCCACCACCUAAAGAUAAACCACCACGACAUCCAGGUGAUAAGCCACCAGGGCAUCCAGGUGAUAAGCCACCACUAGAAGAUAAACCAUCACUGGAUUCAAACCAUACACCGUUGUUGAAUCUAGAAGAUUCACCGUCAUGGAUUCCAAUUAAGCAUCCACCACCAGAAGAUGACAUACCUAUGAAAUCACCUAAUAAGCCACCACCAGACAUCCACCGCCAAAAUAAUAAGCUACUAGUAAAUGAAUCUGCAACAACUGUGAUGAGAGACAACCUACCACGAAAGGUGAUGAAGAAGUGUCCAACUCAAAAGACCCAAUUGCAACCCUAA